CAGUAGAAGCAGACGGCGUCUACUUCCUUGAAUUGCCUUCCUUCCCAUCUCUCACGCAAUCGGAUAGAAUGGCUCCAUUGCUAAGUUUUCUUCUAGUUCUAGCCUUCCUCAUUGGCGCUACAUCUGCAGAUGGCACGUGUUUUGGAACCGGGUGUAUUGGUACAUAUGCAUCUAUCACAGGCACAGGUCCGCAGACCAUGCUGACCCCCGUGGGUGGCGCUCUUCUUGGAACAACUAAAACUAUCACGGGCAUUGAUCAGAAUUCCCACAUCGUAUGCAACGAAUACAGGUUCGCGAAUGGAAAGUUUGAGGAAAACCCCUAUGGAAAGACCGUCCCAGCAACGUGUGACGUUGGAUACGAACUGAAUCCUUUCGCACUUGCGAAGUGCACCAGCAAGAAUGGUGUCUUUGGUUGGUCUAACUUGUACUUAGCACCUCUGGACAAGAUGUGUAUCACUAUGCAGAAGAUGUUACUUCAGUAA